GCACUUUGCUGCACGCUGCCAUCAUGUUUCUUUACCAACUAUUCAACUUUUUCUUUGUAGCUUCCAAAAAGGAGGAGGACUCUAAAUAUGACCUGUCCCUUUACAAGCAUGGAGAUUUAUUAGAAGUCCCGAGGACAUUAUUCACACAUUUCGGUAUCUACCUGGGUGACAAUCGUGUGGCUCAUCUCAUUCCGGAUAUCCUGCCUAUGAUUUCCAAGAAUAAAUCUGCAAUUGCCAAGAUGGUAACAAAUAACCGCCUACUGCUGGGGGUUAUCACUAAGGUUGCCAGCGUCAGAGUGGACUCUGUGGCAGAUUUUGCGUAUGGCUCAGAGAUUCUGGUCAACCACAUGGACAAGGUGUGCAGCCAGCCUCCUCUGGACGGGUACGAGGUGGCCAGAAGGGCUGAGAAACUCCAGGGCUCUGUCACCUACAGCUUACUGUGGUACAACUGUGAACACUACGUCAUGUACUGCAGAUAUGGCAUGGCCAUCAGCUACCAGACAUACCAGUUCUGCACAACAGUACGGAAGAUUGUUUGCAGCAGGAUGAGUUCCUGUUUGACUGCAUUGUGUGGUGUAGGAGCCAUGCUGUAUCUGGGCUGUGCGACACCACUGACAGUUUCAUCGACCCUUCUCAUCUCAUUCACCAUCUGGAUGGCAGCCUAGCGACCUCUGCAGAGACGGCUCAUGAGAAAAGACUAUAAUUAUAUUAUAUUAUAUUAUAAUAAUUCCUGUGGUUUAGCUGUGUGACUAAAGGCAUCGGGAAACAAAUGUGUUCAUGAUAAUAAAAAUGCCAGUAUUUUACUUUUUUCUUUUGGACAAUAGUUGAUUUUUUUAUAUAUCAACUGAUGUUUUAUUUCUCUUUGCCUUCGUCACUUUGUAAGAUGCCUAAUUUUGUGUUCACCAGGCUCUGAUAUUCAACAUCAAUCUAAUUUAACAGUAGCAGCUCAUAGAUUAGAACUGGACCUUGAGUCAACACAGCAGCACACUCUUGAGAUAAAGCUCAACGGAGAUAUUUUGAAAGAUGAGACUGACCUAUGGAUACAUAGUGUAGUAUGCAAGUGGAUGUUGUAGUAAUAUUGUACGGAAUGCUUUUGUCAUCAGUGUGAUACUAUACUUAUAUCAAGCACUAGCCAAAAGGUUGGCUUGGACAAAGUGCAUUAAGUUUCUUGUUAAAAGGUGUAAUAUGUAACUUUUACGCUCGUCUUGCUAAUGGACCUACCGAAUACAGGAGAUACUUAAUGUGGAGAAAUAUUAAAAACAACCAUGAAUUUCUGGGUGAUUAAUUAUUUCAAGAUAUAUUGUAAAUAUAUAUUAAUCCUGCUCCUGUGAGGGAAAACAUUAAAAAUGGUUUCAUGACCCAGAGGAGACACUUAAUGGUGAGCAAGGAACAUUAUUUAUAUAACAAAUCAAUAAAUCUUUAAUAUAGUUUGAUGGUGAUGGAUCUGUCUGUGCCUACAAAGCUAUUAAGUUUAUGUAAAUCCUUAAAUGGGAUGAAAUGGACUUCAAACUUAACUAAACAGUUGAAAAUUAACCUUUAAUAUCUGUUUCUUGAUAAUCUUGACACUUGAAGUUGCUUGAAGUCCUCCUGGAUCCAUUCUUCAUAUAUGUUACAAUCUAUUUAUAAUUUUGUCAUCCUGAUUGACCAUACUGUAAUUUUACUAUGUUGGUCUAUUCUGUACACACAACAUCUCUUGCCUGUCUGUCCGUGUUGGGAGAGGGAUCCUUCCACUGUUGCUCUUCCUGAGGUUUCUUCCAUUGUUUUACCCAGGUUUUUUUGGGGAGUUUUUCCUCAUCCAAUGCGAGGGUCUAAGGAUAGAGGCUGUUGUAUGCUGUACAGAUUGUAAAGCCCCUUGAGGCAAGUGUGUGAUUUGUAAUAUUAAGCUAUAUAAUUAAAACUGACAUGACUUGAAUCUUUUAA